GCGCGUCCCGACACGAAUGACGAUAUCAGCUCAAAACCCACUGUAAAUACUUUGACUUGCAACCGCAAUUGAUUCAAUCACACGCAAAAUCUUACAGUGUAUUGAUCGGGAAAAUUAUGAGAAGAUGACAAGCAUUGCCGACCUUUUCAAGAGCUCAGGUGUUCCUAGCAAACGCAAGCUGGACCCCGUCCGCGAUCCAAAUGAGAUCUACAAAUCAGCAAAACUAAACCCCUCCUCAAGCCGCCACGCCCAAGUACAAGAUGACGACGACGUUGAAGCAGGCCCUGCACCGCCCGAAGACGAUGAAGAUGGAGACUACGGCCCAUCGGCACCACCCGAAGACGACAUCCCAGACGACGACGAAGAUGGCCGUUUUUUUGGCGGCGGCAUAACACGGCAAGAAGCAGAGGUGCUGGAUUUUGUGGAGUCGGCCGACAGCGCAGCGCCGCCAGCGGACGACAAGUUCGACGCGGCGUGGCUGCGGCGCACAGCGCUGGCGCUCGAGAAAAAGAUCAACCGCAACGCCGAGCUGCGCGCCCGUCACGCCGACGACCCGGCAAAGUUUAUCGACAGCGAGGCGGACCUGGACGCGGCCGUGCGCAACCUCAGCAUCCUGGCCGAGCACCCUUCGCUCUACCCCGAGUUUGCGCGUCUCGGCAUCGCCGGGUCGCUUACUGGGUUGCUGGCGCAUGAGAACACGGACAUUGCGCUCGCGGCAGUGCAGAUCGUCGCGGAGUUGACGGGCGACGACGUCGAGGGCGCGACCGAGGACGACUGGGCGGCGCUGGUUGACUCCCUGCUCGAGGCGGACCUGCUGUCGCUGCUUGUGUCGAAUCUGGAGCGGCUCGACGAGGCUGGCGACGAGGCGGACCGCGAGGGCGUCUACCGCAUCUUGGAAGUGGUGGAGAACCUGUGCGGUGGCCGGCCCGCGACGGCAGAGACGGUUGGGCGCUGCGACCCCCUGCUCAAAUGGCUUCUGGCCCGAGCGACCAAGGCUGAGGAACCAGUGUCGCAGAACAAGCAGUACGCGGCUGAGAUGCUUGCCAUUUUGGCCCAGGCGAGCCCUGUGAACCGCGACAGGCUGGCAAGGGACCUGGACGCGGUUGAGCCGCUGCUGCAGCUGGUGGCGCCGUACCGGGCGCGGGAUCCGGAGCGCGGCGGGGAUGAAGAAGAGUUCAUGGAGAACUGCUUCGAGGCGUUAACCUGCAUCGCGGACCGGCCCGAAGGCAAACAGAAGUUUGUCGAUGCCGAGGGCUACGCGCUCUGCCUGGUGCUGAUUGGCAGCCCGACGGCCAAAAAGGCCCGCACGCCUGCGCUGAGGCUGCUGGAUCAUGCGGUGGCGCAGAGCCGCGAGGCCGGGGUGUGUGAGCAGGUUGUCGAGUAUGGUGGACUCAAAACGCUGUUUACGCUGUUCAUGAAGAGCAGCAGCAGUGCCAAGGCCUCAUCCAAGAAGCGGGACCCGAAGGUCGUUGAACACCUCAUCAGCAUAUUUGCGUGCAUGCUAAGGCUGCUGCCGACGGACAGCGCAGAGCGAAUCAGGACGCUGGCCAAGUUUGUGGAGAAGGACUACGAAAAGACGGAAAGGCUCGUCCUGCUUCGGCGGGAGUAUGCGGGCAGGGUGGCGGCUGUGGAUGCAGCCGGCAUGGACGAGCUGGACGAAGACGAGCGGUUCUCGCGCCGGCUGGACGCGGGUCUCUUUGUGUUGCAGAGCAUCGACGUCAUCCUCGCAUGGUUGGUGGCGGAGGACGACGGGGCAAAGAGGAAGAUUCAGACGCUCCUGGCGGAUAGGGAUGAGACUUUGGAGCUGCUGAGUGAGAGCUUAAAGGAACAAGCUGAUGCCGUCGAUGUGGAGACGGAGAAUGGGAAGGAGAUGCAUGAUAUGCUGACGACACUUCGGGAAUUCCUCCAAGAUUAACUGUUUGGAGGCAGUUGUCUGGUGUUUGAUUAAUGUGUAUAUCAAUGUUUUCAUAGCGGCAUACAAGUUGGCGUAAAGAUUUAUAGAACGAAAAAAAGAAGAAAAAAAAAGCCAAAAGCGUUGAU